AUGCACCAAGGGGCAGCUAAUAAUAACCCCAUUCACGACUCCAAGGAGUACAAAGAGAUGGCUAAUCUCAAAUGUUUCAAGAUCCCAAUCAGCAAAGACCAGCAUUUCGAAAAGGCCAAGCAAUGGCCAGUCUGGAAGCUGGCGAUCGAAAAUGCUCUCGCAAGCGCUGGAUGGGAACUAGAUUUUGGUCUCCCACGGAAUCCUGACAUGGAGAGAUGGCUCACCGUUGCCAGCGUUCAGUCCUCUCAAGCAAACUCAGUCAACUUUCAGCGGUGCCUACCCUUGAAGAUAUCCUUUCUGCCGGGUAGCGAGUUUGAAAGACUUGUGAACCAGAUCUACCUGGGCAGCCAGGUCUUCCUCUCGGCAGUAAAGAAGAUUGACAUGAGAUAG